AUGAGUGGAACGUUGACAUUGUCGUCAUGGCAGACAGUAUCUGUCGUUACCUCGGCUUUAAUAGCCUUGAAACUUCUACUAAUCCCAACCUACACAUCUACCGAUUUUGAGGUUCAUAGAAACUGGAUGGCCAUCACGCAUAAUCUACCGCUUUCAAAGUGGUACUAUGAGUCCACAUCAGAAUGGACUUUGAUUACCCGCCGUUUUUUGCAUACUUUGAGAAAGUGUCUCGCCACUCUUGCUUACUUUUGUGGCCUGGAGGAUAUUUUAACACUACAAAAGGAAUCUAUGUUAAAUAGUCGAGUGCUAUAUUUUCAACGUUUAUCAGUUAUUGGCGCCGAUGUUUUCUAUAUUUUAUCAUGUAUGAUAUUUUGCUUUUGUGAUUCACCGCGAUGGAAUGCCCUCCCGAAGAAGUUACAAGAAAAAGCUAAGAUAGCUACAUUUGUUGUUUUGUCAUGCAAUAGUGGACUCCUUCUAAUAGAUAAUAUUCACUUUCAAUAUAACUCGAUGCUUACCGGCUUUUUCAUCCUGUCGGUUUACUUUGCCGACUGUGAGAAGUUCCUAUUGUCUGCUUUAUUCUAUUGCGUUCUGUUGAAUUUCAAACAUAUUUAUCUAUAUUAUGCACCAGCAUAUGUUGUUUUUCUGCUACGAAGUUAUUUUUUCCGUUGUUUCGAUGAUUUGUUCGAAUUUACCCGGACGGUGACAUCAGGUCUCAAACUUGCCGCAGUGAUGGCGGUUCCAUUCAUUUUUUCUGUCGGGCCUUUUUCUUUAUGUUGGAGGUAUAAGCGGGCUUUUUCAGAUUCUAGAGUCGACUUUUUCCGGUAUCUAGAGGUAAAUAUUUGUAUGGGUUAUUGUUCCUGUUCAAUACGUAUGUUGAGGUUACCGGCGAUAAUUACAGGUCUAACUCAUGCUUAUUGGGCUCCUAAUUUCUGGGCCAUUUACAAUGUUAUGGAUCUUAUACUGUAUCGUCUGCUGUCACUAUGGAAGCCACACUUGUUCACAGCACCAACUUAUAGCUCAGGACUUGUCCAGGAGUACGAGCAUUCGGUGCUGCUCACCAUAACUCCGAUACUGUCUUUGUUAUGUGUACUCAGUUCGCUGGUCCCGCUGUUCGGUGCCAUGUUCAAGCGAAAAUUGCCGGAUUUCUGUACGUUGCUGUCACUUAGCGCCUUUUCUUUCUUCUGGUAUGGUUACCAUGUACAUGAAAAGGCAAUGCUACUGAUGGCGAUCCCGUUGCUAUGCGUGGCAUUCACGGAUCCUAAAUUCAUCCGACUGACUGUGUUGUUCUCCAUAAUCACCGCUACUUCUUUGUUUCCAUUACUUUUCACUUUAUUUGAAAUUCCGAUCAAAUACUGUGCAUCAACGACGUAUACGGUAUUACUACUACUCAUGAUCAGGUAUGCUUUUCAAAUAGACAUCCAGUCGUUGAUGACUUUGCCAUCGCUAGUCUAUGUAUUUGGUCUUCUAUUUAUCGAGUUUUAUGCUACUUUCGUUCACCAGGUCAUAUUUGGAACAAAUCUGGCGUUCCUUCCCCUGAUGGUGAUAUCAGUGUACAAUGCUGUUGGGGUUCUGGCUUGCUAUGUAUGGCUCAUUUUCCUGGUUUUCGAUGAUGACAUUGGCGUGGCUUAUAAGAAAAAGCAUUGUGAGCUCGUCGAGGGCUUCAUCAAGGCAGGCCAUUACCCAGUUCAAGCAGUGGAAUCGCUUGAGGAAGUGGAAGUUGUCGGUGGCAUUGAUAUCUCUACUUCCAAAAACAACAACGGUUUUGCAGUAGUGGCUUUCAGUGUUUUCGAAUAUCCGAGUAUGCGGCCUCUGGCGAUUUUCGAUGACGUUGCUGUUAUAACGGAGCCAUAUAUCACCGACUAUCUAGCUGUACGUGAAGCAGCUCCAGUGGCAGAUUUUGUGAACAAAGUUCUGGCGGAUUACCCUCAUCUUCGUCCCGAUGUUAUUCUCUGUGACGGAAAUGGGCAGUUCCACAUAAGAAGAUGUGGGCUAGCCUGUCAUAUUGGUGCCUUGACUGGUAUUGCAACCGUAGGAGUGGCGAAGAAUCUGAAUCUUUCAUUAUUGAAGGCUGCAGGAGCUGGAUGA